GGGCGGGGGGGCCGCGCCGCGCGAGCCGUUGGGCCUGGCUCGGGGAAGGCAUCGCCGCUGCCGCUGCCGCCGCCAGAAAACACAAGGAGCUGUAGCUAGCGCAGCGUGGCGAUGGGCGCGGGUAGAGCCCCGCCGGAGAGGCUGGGCGGCCGCCGGUGACAGAUGAGGAGCUAAGGUUCAGAGAAGCAAUCUGUGAAGCCUGGAGGUGGUAGAGUCAGGAUUGGAGUCGACUGGAGGUGUGAGUUUGGGCCUCCGAGUCCUGCUCCAGUUCUCUGAGACUAUAUCCACAGCACCUCCUGCAUGUCCUGCUGCCCUGAGCUGUCCCAAGCUAGGUGACAGCGUGUCACGCUGCCACCAUGAAUGAAGUGUCUGUCAUCAAAGAAGGCUGGCUGCACAAACGUGGUGAAUACAUCAAGACAUGGAGGCCCCGGUACUUCCUUCUGAAGAGCGAUGGCUCCUUCAUUGGGUAUAAGGAGAGGCCAGAGGCUCCUGACCAGACUUCACCCCCCUUAAACAACUUCUCUGUAGCAGAAUGUCAGCUGAUGAAGACCGAGAGGCCAAGGCCCAACACCUUCGUCAUUCGCUGUCUGCAGUGGACCACUGUCAUCGAGAGGACCUUCCAUGUGGACUCUCCAGAUGAGAGGGAGGAGUGGAUGCGGGCCAUCCAAAUGGUCGCCAACAGCCUCAAGCAGCGGGGCCCUGGCGAGGACCCCAUGGACUACAAGUGUGGUUCCCCCAGUGACUCUUCCACAGCCGAGGAGAUGGAAGUGGCUGUCAGCAAAGCACGGGCCAAAGUGACCAUGAAUGACUUCGACUAUCUCAAACUCCUCGGCAAGGGCACUUUUGGCAAAGUCAUCCUUGUGCGGGAGAAGGCUACUGGCCGCUACUACGCCAUGAAGAUCCUGCGGAAGGAGGUCAUCAUUGCCAAGGAUGAAGUCGCUCACACCGUCACUGAGAGCCGGGUCCUCCAGAACACCAGGCACCCCUUCCUCACUGAGGUGCCUCAGUGUGGAAGACAGAACUGCAGAGUUGUUUCGAGCAGAGAGGUGUCCAAGGCGCUGAAGUAUGCCUUCCAGACCCACGACCGCCUGUGCUUCGUCAUGGAGUAUGCCAACGGGGGUGAGCUGUUCUUCCACUUAUCCCGGGAGCGUGUCUUCACAGAGGAGCGGGCCCGGUUUUAUGGUGCAGAGAUCGUCUCAGCUCUCGAGUACUUGCACUCACGGGACGUGGUGUACCGUGACAUCAAGCUGGAAAACCUCAUGCUGGACAAAGAUGGCCACAUCAAGAUCACCGACUUUGGCCUCUGCAAAGAGGGCAUCAGUGACGGUGCCACCAUGAAAACCUUCUGUGGGACCCCGGAGUACCUGGCACCUGAGGUGCUGGAGGACAAUGACUACGGCCGGGCCGUGGACUGGUGGGGGCUGGGCGUGGUCAUGUACGAGAUGAUGUGCGGCCGCCUGCCCUUCUACAACCAGGACCAUGAGCGCCUCUUUGAGCUCAUCCUCAUGGAGGAGAUCCGCUUCCCACGCACGCUUGGUCCCGAGGCCAAGUCCCUGCUGGCUGGGCUGCUGAAAAAGGACCCUAAGCAGAGGCUCGGUGGGGGGCCCAGCGAUGCCAAGGAGGUCAUGGAGCACAGGUUCUUCCUCAGCAUCAACUGGCAGGAUGUGGUGCAAAAGAAGCUCCUGCCACCCUUCAAGCCUCAGGUCACAUCUGAGGUUGACACAAGGUACUUUGAUGACGAGUUCACCGCCCAGUCCAUCACAAUCACACCCCCGGACCGCUAUGACAGCCUGGGUUCUCUGGAGCUGGACCAGCGGACGCACUUCCCUCAGUUCUCCUACUCAGCCAGCAUCCGUGAGUGAGCAGCCCAUUGCCACCACAGGACUCCUGCAUGGCCACCAUCCACCAACUGGGUGGCUUUUUAAAAAGACUUUUUAUUUUGCCUUUUUGGUUUGUGUCCCCAUCCCUCACUCUCUCACCCCCAUUUCCAGUUCCUUCUUCAGUCCUCCCCCAAAUUCACCUCAGUGGUCCCCGCAGCCUUGGCCUCUAACCUCCCCUUUGUGUGGAGGGACUGUCCACCUCCUACCCCAGCAUGGGCUGUUGGGAGGAUGGAUUCAGGUUUUUAAUCAAAAACAGGCCCCAGUGAGGGUGAAGCAUGGAUCCCCGGGUCCUGCCUGAAUUUCUGGCUGGGCAUCACGCAGGCAGCCUGGCUACACUGCUGCUUCUGGAUGAAGCUGCCUCUGGUGGGACGGCCGCCUAGCGGACAGCACCCGUGCCACCUUCCACAGCCUGUCGCCUAGGCCCCAGGGGUCUGGCGAGAGGAGGUCCACCUGCCACCCCCAUACUGGGGUCAGAAAAGCAAUAAUGUCCAGGGACCGGUGGGAUCGGGGGUUAGGGCUCCUUGUGAAUGGAGCCAGAUCCCUGCGUCAUGGGGAACCAGGAGAGGGUCACUGCCUUCUGGCCCUUCCUUUCCCUUUCCCUCCCCAAGUUGUUCUGCUAACUCUGUGGGUGAGGCAGAAGGAACAAUGGGGGGCCAGCCUGCCUGCCCCCCAACCCUGUGCCUUACCAGGGCUUCCUUCCAGCUGGCCUUACCUCCCACUGGACCCUGGGUCUGGCCUUGGCUCCUUUUGAGGACGGGGGUCAGGAUUGUCCACUUCUUUCUGCCUGAGGCAGAAGGGCACUAGCCUCGGCUGUUACACAUCUCACCGAGACAGUAUUGGGCCCCAUGGACUUGGGGAGAGAAGGGGCAGGGGAGGGCAUCUUCGGUACAUACUGGGGUUAAGGGCCUCUGAGAAGGGAGGCUCCCAGGCCACCUCACCCCUUCCCAUCUCCAGGGCCCCAAAUUCUGCAGCCUUAAGGUGAACGUGAUGGAGAGAACGUGUCAGUGCUGUAAGCACACGUGUGUGUGUGUGUGUGUGUGUGUGUGCUGUGGACUGUGUCCGUGGGCGUCCCUGAGCUGCUGGGAUGCAGGUGUGCAUGGCUGUGUGUGUGUGUGUGUGUGUGUGUGUGUGAGGGCAGUGUGUCUGGGCCCUCGAGUGUGCGUGGUGUGUGUGCGCUUGGGCCCCACCCGCCCAGCGCUCCAUCGUGUGUGGGGAGCGGGUACCUGGGGUCCACUUGCUUCCCCACCCAUGUCCUCGCUCCCCCUGCCCCCGGCGUCUCUGGGUGUGUGCGGUUUGUUUUUUGUGGUUUGACCUCCCCAUCCUCCUCCCUACUGGGCAGUCCAUAGAAAGACAUUGUGGGGAGGGUGGGGAGGGUAUGGGGGCUCUUUCCCUUCUCGUAUGUGUAUGAUGUUUAUCUGACAGCUCUCCCUGUCCCCACUGGCUCUUCUUACCCCUUGUGUUUGUACGGUACAAGCAAUAAAGACACUCAUUUCAGACCAGG